AAGCAAUAAGAAACUGCUGUGAAGUAAAUAGAUGGCAGGUAUGGAGGAGACGAAGCGAUACAAUGAGUGCGUUUGCCAAACGAGUGACGAUAGUUGAAGUAGAAGGUUGUAAAAUGACAUUUCAACCGUUUCGGUGAUCAAAGCAAAUUGAUUAACGCGCCAAAAGUAGGCAAAAAAUACCAUUGGAAGUGCAAAGAAAUGUCAGCGUCAAGUGCAACACUGCAGCCAAGUGUCAAAUUUGAACCUAAUAAGGACAAAAAUAAAUAGUACAAAUUUAUGUGGAGUGAUAUAGAAAAAAAAUCCAGUUUUGUAUGCAUAUAAAUGUAUAGAGAAAUCCAAGUAAUGUGUAAAAAGUCUGUAUUCAAUAGAGAACAUAUUGUAUAGAAAAGAGAAAUUCAAAUACAUUCACAAACAACUUUUAUAUACGGCAAACAUAUAAGUGUUCGAAUUUCGGUGGAAAUGGUAUAAAAUAUAGAAAAACAAGUACAAGGCAAGGCAAGGCAAAACGCAGAGACAAGUAAUGCAACAACAAAAGGCGAACUGUAAAAAUACAGGGUUGUAUGUGUGCAGCUAAUAAAAUAAAAUAACUCGAGCGAGUUCACCACACCUCAGCCAACACACAAUCAGCAAUGCGGUAGACAGAGAGAGCAAGGCCUAUAUACAAUACUUACGUUAGAUGUGUGCGUCAUCUCACUUUGGCCUUGUUUGACAGUUCACUGUAUUUGACUUGGGCACAGUCGUAUCUGGGUAAUAUUGGUAGUGAGUUGUGGCAAUUAAGUGUAGAUUUUAAUUUGUGCAAUGCUGGUUAAAAAGUUUUCGACAAUGGUGAAGAAUAUUUUAAACUUGAUAAUAAAUUGGGGAAAAUAUCAAAAUAUUAAUAAUUUGUAAUGCAGUGCAAAAUAAAGUUAGUGUUUUAUGAAGGAAGUGAAAUUGGUGCAGAAGGUGAAUGUAAAAGCAGGCGCAAGGAGACGUAAAAAUUGAAUUUCAUAUAAAGACAAGAGGCAACCAACAACAACGAAAGCAAAAGAGUGACAUCGAAGUGAGAAGUGUCAAAAGCAAAGAAACAAUGUUAUAAGUAAAUAAAAGAGGUGGAGAAGAAAUAUAGCAAAAACCAGAGACAGAGAAGUGGAGAAAAAAGUAAAAUAAAAAAGGCAAAUAUAUACUCGCUUCAAGGGUUUGUAUGUGAAGCACCAAUUGUGUGCCCAUCUCUUUUUCUCAUAUUGCGUGUGGUAAAUGAUGAGCGAGCGUUCCAGUUGUCAAGUAUUAAAUGCAGCAACAAAUUAUAUACGAGCGGAAACCCUGACGCCAGCGGCAGUCAAAAUAAACGAUUGUAAAUGGCAAGCUGGUUUUUACAUUAAUCGAAAGCAGCAGGAAAAAUAUCAGCAACGGCUACAGCGACGACAAAACGAGUGCGAGUACAAUCAGCGAAAACUCUCGACUCGAAAACAAUUUCACCAUAGUUGUUGCCACCAGAACAACAUUCAGAAAGCAACAAAUGCUAAAAUGUUGCAACAAGAGCAACGCCAAUUAGCUUAUGGCAAAACUAUGCAUGAAUUACCAUACCCGAAAUAUUAUCAAACAGCAAACAAUUUAACAAAAGCUAAGAAUAUUAACAGCAACCCAACAACAAAAACAUCUAUUAUGACCACUGUACUUGACUCCAGUAUUCCUCGUCAUCAGCAAAUGCAACAGGAUACCAACACGAACACAACAGCGAAUUGUAUGAAUGACACAAACUUAGCAUCGCCACCACCACCCCCAGCUUCACAAAAUGUUGGUGGUUUGAGUGGUGGUACUCAACCUUCAACCAUCGGGGUCAAUUUACGCGUCACAGGCCAAUGCAGCCAGGGUGGGCGUAAAUAUAUGGAGGAUUACUUCUCGGUGGCCUAUCAACAAUCGGAGAAUGCCAAAGAUCUUGAGUAUGCAUUUAUUGGCAUUUACGAUGGACAUGGGGGCGCAGAGGCGGCUACAUUUGCCAAAGAGCAUCUUAUGAUGCAGAUAAUCAACCAGAAGGCGUUUUGGUCAGAUUCGGAUAACGAUGUGUUGCGUGCAAUACGCGAGGGAUACAUUGCGACGCACUAUGCAAUGUGGCGGGAUCAAGAAAAUUGGCCAAAAACAGCCAACGGCUUGCUCAGCACAGCGGGUACAACUGCCACCGUUGCCUUCAUACGCCGUGAGAAGAUUUACAUUGGGCAUGUCGGUGAUUCGGGCAUUGUACUCGGCUAUCAGAACGAGAAUGAAAAAUUCUGGCGCGCUAAACAGCUUACUGUCGAUCAUAAGCCAGAAUCCGCAGAGGAACGUGCACGUAUACAACGUUCAGGUGGUAAAGUGGUAGUCAAGACCGGUGUACCGCGAGUCGUGUGGAAUCGGCCGCGUAGUGCUGGUCAUAGAGGACCCAUACGUCCCAAUACACCCAUUGAUGAAGUUCCCUUCUUGGCAGUAGCACGUAGUCUAGGUGACCUCUGGAGCUAUAAUUCCAUGCGCAAUGUAUUUGUAGUUAGUCCAGAUCCAGAUGUGCAAGUAAUCAAAAUAAAUCCAAAGACUUUUAGAUGCUUGAUUUUUGGUACGGAUGGUUUGUGGAAUGUUGUAACCCCACAAGAGGCAGUCGAAACCGUUUACGAAAGAGAAUGCAUUAAUGAACGUCUCCAAGCAUAUGCGCAUAUCGAUAGCAGCAAUAUUGAAUGGACGAACCCCAGUAAGGGCUUGGUAGAGCGCGCAUUAAAGACAUGGGCAUCUAAAAGGAUGCGCGCUGAUAAUACGUCCGUCGUCACGGUCAUACUCUAUCCGCCUGGCAAUGAAACAGCAAAUGCUAACUCCAUUGGUGCGAAUGCGUUGCCAUAUAACAACUUACCAAACGGCGCAUGCGGUCUGGAGUAUGCAGAAGUAAGUGCCGAAGUCCCCGCAACCGAUUGUGGUAUUACUUAUGAGGAAAUAGCAGAAAAACAUGCCAUGCCUGAAGCCUUCCGCGAUUUCGAUUACUUCCUUGAAGAAGAAGCGCUGAACACCUCACUACAGUCGCUGAAUGCCGAUAACAGUGGCCCAAAAUAUUGCAAUGACGAGCUAUCGUAUUAUCAUAAUUGGAGUUGGGAGGAGCGUCAGUCGGAAUGUGUGGGCGAUUAUAAUCACCAUACGGCGACUUUAACAGCGCACAGCGAUGUUAGCAUUUGCAGUAAGGCCAUAUCAGGCGACGAUGGUAUCACAAGCAAUACUUCUAAUCAUUUUAUAGCAAAUGAAGCUGACGAAAAUGCUGUGGACGGUGUGCAUAAUGGCGAAGUUAGUGAUGACACAAAAAAGAAGUCCAACGAUCUUAAUUAUACCCAUUACAGCGCUGACACUUCAUCCAACUCGAAUAUGUCAAGCGAUGUGAGCAAUGAAUUAGGCAAUGCAGGCUUUAUGACAUUUGCUGAGUCCUAUAAUUCAUUUCUAAAUGAACAAAUGUCACAUGACAGCUCAAGUAGCUCCAACUCCAAUUCAAAUUGUCAGAUUAUUAGCGGCACGAAUGAAAUAUUACAGGAACAACAGCGCUAUCAACAGGAAUGCAUGUCCGAGGAGGAAGGCUAUUCGCUAACCAAGCUAGAAACUCGGCGCGAGCAACAACGCUGCAGUGGUGGUGUGCAGACAUUCAAAAUUUUCCAAACUCAUGGCAUAAGUGGCACAAGUUACGUGCCGCAACGCCAGCCUUACGAAAACAAUCGCAAACAAGAACAAGCGGAAGUGCAGCGACAACACGUAGUCGGGCAGUCCACACCAACGCCGCAACUAUUCCUUGAAGAGACACGCGAAUUGGAGGAAGCGCUUACCUGGGAAACGGAAUGCUCUACGCUGAGCACGACAAUGAAUCGGUUUCUGAAUUAUCCACCAGACCCGCAGAAGCCACUUGAGUUGAAUUCGUUGUUGCAGCAAGAACGCGAAGAAGAGCAACAGGUCGCCUAUGAACGACUCGAAAUGCAGCGCAAAUUAGCGCACCCAGUUGUGGUGGAGGAACUACUGGAAAACGGCAGUAAUAAUAAAUUAGAAGCUGUUCAGCCACUAAUGCACCCAGCACCGAUUGAUGACGCCGAAGAUGUACUGAUUGAGGAGUAUAUUGAAGAUGAAACCGAAAGUGCGGAGAGCCAGCAAAUGCAAGACAACACAGCACAAAAAGAUGCAAGAGUACAAAUCAAUGAAGUCUCGUCCAGCAUAUCCGAUCAGACGGAAUGUGAUAGCAAUUCAGUGAAGUCGUUGGUGGCCCCCUUAAAACAAACUUCAAAAGUCAUUGAGAAAAUUGAAAAAAUUGAAAUUAUGCCACAGAAAAUAGAGUCAACGAAAUUGGAGCGCUUGGUGCGCCAUCCACUAAUGCCACACAAGUCGUCGCCCCUGUCACAUUACAAAAAAACCAAAGGAUCUGCAGCAAUGUCUACUUCAGUUUCAGCUUCAACUUCUGCGUCUUCUGCGCCAACCACUACCAGCGUAACUAAAAAGGUAGAAGUUGCCUCUUUUGACUUCACUUCCCGUCCACCAAAGGCAUGUCCGGGUCGCACCUCGCUCAAGCGCUCACAGACGCAAUUCCCCAAUAUACCCAAUGAGAAUGCACGUUUUAGUGAGACCACAUCUUCGCACGAGCUGAGCAAAAGACGUCGCUACAACGAAUACGUGUUGGGUGCGGUAAGCAGCACGAGCAACAACAAUGACAACAAUAGCACCAAUAAUGCGAGCAGCAGUGAUAACAAUAAUUGUCGCAAUCGACGCUGUAAUAGAACUUCGUCGCCCGGUCUCCACAGAAACAGCAGCUGUGCCGCCAUUGCCUUGGAGAAACGUCAACUGCGCAGCAAUAGCGGUACCGUGGACUACUCGAAGCGUACUUUACGCACUCGCAACUCACUCUCCAAAGACCUGAAGGCAAAAGCUGCGCUGACCACAACAAUGCGACGCGUAACAACGCAAUUUCUACACGACACAGCCGUCAGUCUCAUGAACAGCAGGACGGCACUGGCGCAACAGCGUCAACGACGCAGUUCGGAUGUAAAUCACGCAGGUAGUUUGACUUUGAGUAGAAAUAGCAGCGUGACGAGUAAUAGCUGCAGCGGCAAUAGCGUUGGACGUAGAGCGCGUGCUGAAAAGCUACUAGCAGCGAGCACUGAUAAUUUAGAGGCGGCCUUUUCACAUGUCAUCAAUCUGCGUUCACGCAAAGUAGCGCAUUUCGCUGUUGCUGCAGCGGCGGCAGCCGCAGCCGCAAGUCACACACAACCAACGCGCCGUUCGAAAGGCAGUGUUGUUGGUGUCGCUGGCGGUGGUAGCCCACUCAUCUCCUCAUCGGCGAUGGUACUGCGGCGCGAACGACACAAUUUACGCAGCUUAAGUACGCGCAAUGCCGCAAGUGCCAGCCUAAUGUCCAGCAAUGGUCAACGAGAGUUUAGCUAUGGAAAGGCAACACGUAGCGGCGGCGGUGGCGGCCUACACGCCGCAGGCAUAUGCCCGUACGGCUUGGCGUCCAACGCAACACCCACGUCGAAAUUGCUCAACGGAGCAGCAGGUGUGACAGUGGCGACACGGCCGCGCGCACACACACUGCUCAUGGCAAAACCGACCCCGGGUGGUGGUGGUGGUGUUGCGACUGGCAGCAUGGGCGUACGUGGCGGUAAUGGUGCAACGCCGAUGACACAGCCGACUUCGUAUGGGAAGCGUACAACGGCGCUGCGCAGUGGUGCUAACAGCGCUUGCGCCACAUCAAUGAUGCUGACGCGUAGCGGACGAAAUGGCAGAAGACUGAAUCGUUAAAUGGUAGGGAGGGAGGGAGUGUGCAGCUGGACGGCGUAGCGGCCGCAGCUGUUGCGCAGUUAUUGCGAAUUUAUUAGUACAAAAAUGCUCGAAAGCAAGCUAACACUUACGAUUUUCAUUGUCAAGGUUUGCACAGUUUAAAAAAAAACAACUAAACAUUUUAAAAUUGUAGAAAUGUAUGAUAUGUAUAGGUAGAUGCACUCUUGCAAUAAUCGUCUUCGAAUGAGGAACGAAGAACACUUCAGUAUGGUAAUUGUAUGCCAAAUUUAAAAGGGGGAAAAUGUUGUUUUUUUUACAAAUUUAGUUGUUUGAUUGGUUUCCGCAGAGAUCGAAAUAUACCACACCGAAUAUAUUUGCCAACUUGAAAAUUAUGGAAAUGGAGAAAACGAAUAAAAUACAGAAAAUUGAAUUUUGUAAUAAUGCGCAUUUCUUUUAAAAAUGUACAACUGUUAUUUUCAUAAAUUUGCUAUUUAUUUGUCAAGUAAAUAAACUAAAGCAAUGCGAAAUUUCUAAAAUAUGGCAAUAGUAAUUAAAUGUGAAGUGAAGUGUGCAGAAGAAAUGUGAAGACGAAGCCGUGUUUUGAGCGGAGAUUACAGCAAAAAAAAAAAAAAAUAAGAAAAAUCAUAGCUAUUGUUCCUUUCAUCACAUUUAUUUCCAUGUAAAUCGAAAGUAUUUGUAUUAGGCGCUAAGCUUUAAUUAGAAAAUUCAUUUUCAAAUUUGAUUAAAAUUUACUUUUAAAUCGUAAAAGAUGCUACUAGUUGUAAGCGUUAGUUGUAGGCGCUCUUGAGCUCUUAGUUUUGUAAAAUCAAUAUUUUAGUAGCACUAAAACGCAAUUGUAAGUAAACCAUUGACAUAAACGGCAACAUUAUUUUAAAUAGUAGUAAUAUUUAUUAUAUCAUAAUGUAUGUAUUUUUAAAAUAUUUUACGAUCUACAUAAAUUAGUUUUGGUUUCUAUUUAAGAUUAAGUUGUAAAAUUAGUUUUGGUAUCUAUUUAAGAUUAAGUUGUAAAAUUAGUCGUUUUUCCUGUUGCGUUAUAUCUGUAAGAAGGUACCUUUAACGAUGAACUGCAGUUGAAUAUUUUGAAUUGAAUUUAGUUUAAAACAAAAGAAAAAACAUUUUAUUACAUUUUAAGUUAGUACACAUUUCCUACGCCUAAAAUUGACAAAGUGUUUAGGGUUGGGUAUAGUGCACUAAAUAUUUAAUGUUCCAUCUGCUAAUGCUUAACCAUUCGCUUAGGUUAAAACACUGAAAAACUGAAGAUUUAUUAAUACCGAAAUCUUAUUUUAACUACUACUAUCACUACUACCACUGCAAAAUGCCCAACCCUGAAUGCGAUAAGGCAGCCGCCAUAGCCGUAUAGUUUGGUACAUGAUGCCCAAUUGAAAGUACCCAGACUCUAAAGGCUAGGCAUGAAACACCAAAUGAUAGAAAAGCGCUUUUCUAAGAUCGCCCGCCACUUGGCUGCCAUGAAAAAGCUCCUUAUAAAAAACCAACUGCGGCAUAAAACUGCAGCAACAUCAAGACGCACACCACAAAUAGGAGCAGCAGUUCAGUAAAACACCAAAAAGGGUGUAAGCACCAAUUAUAUGCAUAUACAGUGAACGUCAAAAGAAAGUGUACGCACUGACAAGUUUUGACUAUUUUUUAUUUAUUUUUUAAUUUUAAUUAACUUUAUAUAAAAAUAUGAUUCAUACUACAACAAAUACCAUAUAAUGCAAAGUUUCAAGCUUUGUACAAAAUUUGUAAAAAUUCGACAAAUUUUCAUCAAAAUUUCAAACUUUUUUAUCAGAAUUUCUGAAAAAAUUUCCAGUAUGCAAUUUUAAGCUCAUUAAACCAUAUAAUUCAAAGUUUCAAACUUUUUACAAAAUUUCUAAAAAAUCGGUAAACUUUCAAGCUUUUUAAUAAAAAUUUCUGAAAAAAUUUUGACUAUGCGAUUUUAUAGCAUUUAAUUUUCUUAGUUUCGAACUACAAAAACCUUAUAAAGCAAAGUUUAAAAUUUUAUACAAAGUUUAUAAAAAUUCAACAAAUUUUUAUCAGAAUUUGUAGCUCUUUAAUCAAAGUUUCUGAAAAAAUUCCAACUAUUCCAACUUUUUUAACAGAAUUUAUGAAAAAUGUUCAAGUAUGCAAUUUUUGACUCUUUAAAUUUUGUUAGUUUCGAACUACAAAAACCAUGUAAUGCAAAGUUUCAAAUUUUGUGAAAAAUUUAUAAAAAUUCGGCAAACUUUUUACUCACAAUUUGAAAACUAAACAAAAAUUAUCAGAAUUUCUAGGAUGCCAUUUAUAGUUCAUUAAAUUUUGUUCAUGCUCGAGUUUUGUAUAAAAUUUGUACAAUAACAAUUCGCAAAAUUUUCAUCAAAAUUUCAAACUUUUCACUCAGAUUUUUAAAAAAAUUUCGGGUAUGCAGUUUUAUAGUUCAUUGAAUUUUGCUAUAAUAAAAGCAAUUUUUAAGUGGUUCCAAAAUCGUAUUGAUUUAUGGGAAUUUUUUUUCGGUUGCGCUCUUUUGCAUUUUGUAGAUGGAAACACCCAACAUCGCUAACAAAAAAAAUUGUAAAAAGUCAAAAUGAUUUUUGAAAUACUUAAAACUUGCACUUUAUUAUAGCAAAAUUCAAUGAGCUAUAAAACUGCAAAAAAAUUUGUACUAAGAAGUUGCAAUUUUGAUGGAAAUUUGCCGCAUUUUUACAAAUUUUAUACAAAGUGCGAGACUUUGUUUUAUAAGGUUCUUGUUGCAGUAUGAACGAUUAGUAGAGGGCACAAAAGACCGUGAGGUCGAAGCGCAAACGUCCAAUGAAUCUAAUCUAAAUAAAUAGUCAAAACUUAUCAAUAAGUGGCGUACACUUUCUUUUGACAUUAACAGUAUAUAAUUAAAUUUUUUCCUUCGUACUUUUGCAUUUCACUUUUUUAAUUUUUCACAAUAUUUUGCGUUAUUUAAAAAAAAAGAACAAGUUUUGUGUGCCUUAAACGUAUUAAUCCAAAGCAUUAUUUUCAAAAUUAUAGUGGGUGAUAAUAACCAAUACGCGCAACAACAACAAAAACAUGCUCGAGCACAGUCAUGAGGACUUGCAGGCUGUCUGCGCAUUGGUUACUGUUUUGGUGAAGUCAUAACUGACAUUUCACGCCCAGCCCAUAAGCCAGAUUGUACCGAUAGCAUUCAUACAUUUAUAUUCAAUUAUCGUAGGAAUGGUUUAUUGGAGGCAUCUGCAAAA